CUAAUUUAUUGUUUCAGCAGCAAUGAGAGGCAGAAAUACUACAAGCACAUUCAAAAAGCGAAGGCAAGCCCAGACAAAUAUAUGAGCAUCAUCAUCGAUGGGAUGGAUCAACACUGCACAGCAAUACCGCAACUACACCCAGCACCCAAAGCCCUCAGCCACACGGACCAACUCAACACACACAUCACUGGCGCUAUUGUACAUGGCAGAGGUCAACACACUUACAUCGACGUCAAAGAAUACCCUCAUGACAGCAACCUCACCAUCAACAUCAUCCUCAGCAUUCUCAUCCGCUACGCCGACUCCCUUCCACCAACUUUGUAUCUCCAAUUAGACAACACAGCAAGGGAGAACAAGAAUCGACACGUCUUUGCCUUUCUCUCUCUCUUAGUGGAGCUCAAUAUCUUCAAAAAGAUCAAGGUUGGCUUCUUAAUGGUUGGACACACACACGAAGAUGUGGAUCAGUUCUUUUCUCGAAUCUCUACCCACCUUAAAAAGCACAGCAUCACGACAUUUCCCAAACUACUACAAGCCAUCCCUGCCUCAUUCAACACUCACACUAUGACAACUGCCCAGCGAAUUCUGCACAUCUUUGAUGUCCGCGACUGGCUUCUGCCCCACCAACAUAGUAUGGCCUAUCACAGCAAGCCACACAUAUUCAAGUUCACCCUAGAUCAAGCCGGGAAAGCCACACUCCAAACCAAAGACUGGUCCACAUCUCCACAUUGGUGCGACACAACAGGCCUGACCCGCAUUCUGUCGUCACUUCCAGAUGGACAACCCAGGCUGGUGAAGAAGUCUUUUACAGACAUCGACAUUCAACAAAUCGAGAGGGGGGCAGAGAAGCUGCGACCAUAUUUCCAGCCAGGGGACAUUGAGGCUUGGAGGUCACUUUGUGAGCUCCUAACCUUAGAGGAAGAGGAAUGUGAAGAAGACGAUGCAACAGUGAGGUGGCCCAUUUGCGACUUGCUGCUAGCGGUCAGUCAACCAGUGAAUGCUCCACAGCAGGAAGUGCAUGCUGACAUCAUAGAGGAGGAACCAUACAGACAGGUUCAUCUUGGACCCAAAGGGAGGAAGGAGAGGAGGACAGAAAUACGGGAGGGAGAUAUGGUGGCCACCUACAUCGAGGCGUAUAGCACACACUGGCCACAGAUAGGACGUGUGGACAAGGUCACAGAGGAUGGCCUUGUACUAGAAUGGUUUACAGGGACAUUGACAACAAAAUGGAAGAAGAUGAUGGUUGCUGUCACAGGACAGCGUGGCCGGAAGCAGGUUUGGGUUGAGACCAUUCCAAGGGAUAGUGUAAUUCUCCUUCCUUUCACUCUGACCGCUGGAGACAAACUGCCACUUCAGGUAGUGAAUGGGUUGAGGGAGAAACAUUGGGAUUAUUUUGAGUAGGUUUCUGCUUUAUUUUGAGGGGUAUUAGGUCUAGUUAAAGCCCUUCUAUAGUGUUGGGACCCCCACAAAUUUGAUGGCAAUAAUCCACAUAGUAUGCGUACUGACAUAGGGGUUUCAUUUAACGCACAAUUCUGCAAGGAUUUUCAAGACAAUAGUGAUUGUAAAGACAAAUAAUAGAAAUAAAGGAAUUUUAGUUUUUCUAUUGUAAGCAUACAACUCAAAUUCAUUUUUUCUUCAAUAAUCAUGUUUAAACAGAUUUGUUAUAAAAUAAUCACUAUGAUGAUAUUGAUUUCAUUAUUGCUACAGAAAAGAAUGAACUUUAGUACAUUAAAUUUGAGGUACAUGUGUGUAACAUA